GGAGGUGUGUGGUGAGGCAAGUGGGCUGGGUGAUGGUCUCUGCAUGUGUCAAGCACUGGAGUAGCUAAUCUUUGAAUCAUUCAGUAGCCCCAGGGUUGCCAGUUGCUAUGGCUUUGUGGGGCGGAGGCAUACCUGACUCACAGGCACGCAUUUGAUGCAGACUCUCUGUAUCCAGGUGAGUACAAACCCCACCUUCGGGAGGGUUGUAUUUGCUUCCAUUACACCUGCAGCUUCAGUCCUCUCAGACAGACCCAGAGUGUGCAGGACAUAUCAAAGCAUCAGUGUGUAUCCUCCAGUCGGGAAAAGCAGAGCAGCUACCUCUCCUGGGGUGCGAAGAUACGGCGCACAAGUUUUCUGCAGGAAUUAAUUCAGACAACGGAGAGAGCGAGAGAGCGUGGGGGACAUGACUUGGAUUACAGGGAGAGGACUCAUCCUCCUCGUUCUUGUGAUGCUGUGCUGGAGGGUUGGGCGAGGAUGCAACAAUAUUUUUGCCAAGAAGUCAUUUGUUGCUGUGGUCCCGGCAUGUCUCUCUGAAGGUGAAAUUGUCUUCACGGUACAAAUUCUCAAUUGCAACCCAAAAGCAAACAUUUACCUAAACACUAACGAUGAUCGCUUCGGAAUCCAUCUCAAUGGUUCUAUCUAUUCAACUCAAUAUCAGACCAUUGACUCCAUUUACAGACUGCAAGUGUUGGGGGUGGGUUCGCAAACUCAUGAGAUAAUUUAUGUCGAUUUGAUUCCUUCAAGUAACUCAAUGGGCAAAAAACAUGAGGUUGUAAAGGAAGACCCCAGUCCAAUUUAUCUUAGGGCGAGAAGCAACUCACGACGGCAAAAACGAGAAUGGAUUAAUCCACCAAUUUCAGUUAGGGAGGAGAACCCCAAUUACAUCAAUCCUAUUGCACAGAUUAGAUCAGAUAAGGAUGAAAUAAAUCAGGGUAUAAGAUACAGGCUUUCAGGACCAGGAGCAACAGAGGAUCCUUUCGGUUUGUUUCUGCUGGAUCCAGAAACAGGCAAAAUAAAUAUUACCGGAAUUGUGGAUCGUGAAAAAACUCCAGUCUUUGAGUUUGUUUACUGGUAUUUUCAGAUGAUAGCUCAAGCCUACGAUAGGAAUAAUAACCCAUUGGAAAAUCGUCUACCAAUCAGAAUCAAAAUCCUGGAUAUUAAUGAUAACCCUCCCGUGUUUACCCAAGAAGUUUUUCAUGGAAGUAUUGAGGAAUGGAGCCCACUCAAUACACUGGUCAUGACAUUAAACGCAACGGAUCCAGAUGAAGGUGAAAAUGCUUUAGUUGCCUACCGAAUUAUCUCACAGGGUGGCAGUCAAAUGUUUUCUGCUCAAACCAGAGGAACGAUCGUAACAUCCAGUUUGAAUUUGGACAGAGAGACACAGGAUACGUACGUUUUAGUUGUUGAAGGCCGUGACAUGGAUGGGAAGGCUGGAGGGUUACAAUCAACAGCGAAGGCUGAGAUUAAGAUCCUAGAUGUUAAUGACAAUGUUCCCACACUUGACAAAUAUGAGUAUGAUGUGUCUGUGGACGAAAAUUCCAAGGGCAAAGAACUUCUUCGUAUAAAAGUACAUGACCAAGAUGAAGAGUUCACCGAUAACUGGCUGGGAGACUUCGAAAUUGUUGAAGGAAACGAAAAUGGCAACUUCCGCUUUGAAAUGGAUGAAAAGACAAAUGAAGGGAUUUUAAUACUUGAUAAGGAAUUGGAUUACGAGGCCGACCCAAACUUGAAUUUGGCUCUCAGAGUCGCCAAUAAAGCACCGUAUCACUGGUCGGUCGUUGGUGGUGGAGGAGGUGGAGGAGGUGGAGGAGGAGGAGGAGGAGGAGGAGGUGGAGGAGGAGGAGGAGGAGGAGGAGGUGGAGGAGGUUUUGGAGGAGUUGCUGGAGGAUCUAGUAGUGUUGGAGGUGGCAGUGGCGGAGCUGAGCCAGGGAAGCCCAUUCGAGUCACGGUCAACGUCAAUGAUGUGAAGGAAGGCUAUGAAUUUCGCAGCUUAAAAAAUCCUGUCUCCAUAUCUGAAGGACACAAUAUGAAUCAGGGGAGCUCCUUUGGAAGGUUCCCAGCAGUGAGCGCUGAUAACGGCAAAGAGAGUGAGAAAACAACAUAUGCAAAGGGUUCUGACCCGGCGAAUUGGUUACACAUUGACCCUGCCACUGGAAACAUUAGCUUCAUUACUGUGCCUGACAGGGAGUCAGAGUAUGUGGUCAAUGGAACAUACACAGCCACAAUAUUGGCUAUAAAUAAUGACGAUGUGCCGAGCACAACAGCUACUGGAACUAUUGUUCUUCGAGUAGAAGACACCAAUGACAAUAUUCCGAUCAUUAAGAACUUGCAGCCAUGCAUAUGCGACAACACAAAAUCUUUGAGCGUCACCGCUUUCGAUCCCGACCAGUCACCAUUCGGUGCUCCAUUUAAGUUUACAGUGCUCGACGGCAAUUGGAAGAUCGGAAAAACAGAAGGUAAUACUGCCGAGCUACAGUCGCUCAAGGAGCUGUGGCCAGGUACUUUUAAAUUGCCAGUGAAGGUUGAAGAUAACCAAGGGAGUGGGGAAGUACACAACCUUGACGUAAAGGUGGUUGAAUGCACCAAGAAGCAGCCCGACUGUUCUCUGACCAAACUGGGUGGCGGAGCUGUGCUUGGAGCUUCGGCUAUCGGCCUCAUGGUUCUUGGAUCAUUAUUGUUGCUGCUCGUUCCUCUCUUAAUGCUAUUCUGCAACUUUGGAGGAGGGGGCAUUGGUGGGAAAGGUGCCUUCAUGCCCAUACCUGAUGAGACUCCUACUUAUCUGGACAGCAACAAUAUUGAAGGUGGAGGAGAGGCUGACACAACAGAUGCGGCACUGAUUCCAAACCCGAUUAGCAUUAAAUCGGGAAGUGCAGCCCUCGGUCCUUCAGCUCCAAGCAUGUCCGGAGGUGCCUAUGGGCUGGCAGGUGAAGGCAUUUCGACCAUCAGGAAUUCAGGAAUGAAUACAUUCGGAAUGCCUCCGGAAGGAUACCUUGUGGAAGCUGGAGGCGCAGAUUUGGACUAUUCCCGAUCAAGAAUGGGUUCUGGAUACGGUGUGCAUCGAUUAUCAAACGGCUUCAAUACUGUAAAUGUGAUGGAGUCCAUACCAGUUCAGGCCAAUCCCAUCGUCUACGCCUCACUUUCCAACAAGGCAAGGAGAGAAAGCACCCACAGAGCUUACAUGGAGAAUUACAUUGAUGAGAAACUGAAUGACUAUUGUGUGGAGGAGGAAUCCCGGCCAGCACGUGACUGUCUGCUGGUUUAUAGCUUUGAAGGAGAUGGUUCUCCAGUUGGCUCCAUUGGCAGCUGCAGCUUCAUUGAGAAAGAAGCCGAGGAAGGAGACUCCUUUUUGAACGACUUGGGACCAAAGUUUAAGACCUUGGCUGACAUCUGUAAUGGUAGGUUUGAGGGCGAGACCUCAGAUCUUGCCGUCGAAACUUUGAUCCAAGAAAACUUGUCGCCGAGGCCCGUUUUGUCUGGCGCUCUGGAAGGCAUGAGUAUGAUUACCAAUCCACAAGCUGUCCACACGAGUAUGGUGCGUGAAGGAGGGAUGCAGAUGAUGAACACAGGAGGGAUGCAAGGAAUGAACAUGGCCUCAAGUCCAUCAGUUCUCCAAAACAACAUUGUUGUGACCACAACAAUUAGCCCUGGCAUAGAGGACAUGACCAUGACACCCGAUCCCUCGUUUGCUCAGAGAAACCUCACGCUGACCAAAUCAGUCAAUCUGGGUUCAGUGGAGAAGCAAGGAAUGAGCACCAACGUAGCAUUAGCCCAGCCGCCCAACAUCCAGAAAAAUGUCAUCCGGUCUAAGUCGAUUAGUUCUGCUGGAGGAGGGAUUCAAACCAUGAAUGUUGUGUCUGAUCCAAUGGUUCUCCAGAAGGGCUUUGCGAUGAGGUCAGGUACCUUUGGCGGUGAAGGUAUGCAAGCUAUGAAUGCCAUGGUUGAUCCAACAUUUGUCCAGAGUGGCUUCAGGGUGAAUUCAGGUACCUUUGGCAUUGACGGGAUGCAAGCCAUCAAUGGCGGUUCACCAUCCGUUGCAAAAAACGUCACCUACACCAAAAUGACCAGCUCAGGACAGAUGCAUGAUAUGAACUCCCCAACGAUGAUGACAUUUAUGCAAUCCGGCGGUAGGGCACCCGGUGGAUCAGUGACAAAAGUAACGAAAACUGUUCAGCUAAUAGAACAAUAGACUUUCCACACACGAUUGCAGGUCUCAGACGCUCAUCCAGAGGAGUGUGCAGACAUAUCUGGACUUCCAGUUAAGUAUAAUUAUAAGACUAGCAUUUUUAUUUCUUUCCACGUAUUAGAUUGUACAGCUUUUUUGUUUGUAUUGAGAAUGCGUUUCAUUUCCAUGGGUUGAGCACAGCCCAGCCUGGCUCAUUGGCAAGACCUGG